AUUCGUCGGUUGUCGCUUUCAUAGAGAUAAAGUCUUUUCCUUUUUUAUUUAUUUUAUUUUUUAUACUUAUAUCCAUCUUUCACUCAACUUAUACGUUAUUAGAUGAGGGAAUUAAAGCUGGUAUUGGGUCAUGGCAAUCCACAUUUCACAAUUCACACCCACCUUUUAUUAUUUUGCUGACUCUCUCUCUUUCUCCUUUUCUUCCUCUUUACUUCUACACUAAUAUAUCAUUUUCCCCCACCCCCUCAUUUCUUUGUUGCCAGUUCAAGAAAACAAAAAAAGUUCUCCUUUGAAACUUCUCUGGAUGAUAUAUUUGUAACAUAAUCUUUCAUGGGUGGCAUAGAAUAUACAUGGACUUCAUUACGAACAACAUACACAAGAGAAUUCCUUUGUCGAGCUUUCAAUUAAAAGCAUCUAUUUCUGUAUAGAGACUAAUGAAAUGUUUGAAGAAGGCUAUGUUAUUUUGAAAGAAGUUACUUCGCAUCAAGAAUGGGUUCAGGUGAUUGGUUUAAGACAAUAAUUAGCUUAAGAAAAUCAAAACAAGGUAGAUCAAAGAAAGCAAAGGGUAUCUUAGCUCAAGAGAAACUAAAUGCAUCAAAGUCAAACAGCUAUCCAGGAAAAGAGUCUGGUGGUUUAGCAAAUGGUACUAAAAGUGAAAACCUUGUGUCAGCUGGGGUGUCAGUUGAAACUAUUGCUGCAAAAAGGAUCCAGACUGCAUUCCGAGCUUAUAAGGCUAGAAAAGCUUUACGUCGCAUGAAAGGAUUUACAAAACUGAAGAUCCUAACAGAAGGUUUCUCUGUUAAAAAGCAAGCCAGUACAGCUAUAACAUACCUUCAUUCAUGGAGCAAGAUACAAGUUGAGAUUAGAGCUCGCCGAAUCUGUAUGGUAACCGAAGACAAGAUCAGGAGGAAGAAACUGGAGUCUCAAUUAAAACUGGAGGCAAAGCUUCAUGAUCUGGAGGUUGAAUGGUGUGGUGGUUCUGAAACCAAGGAGGAAAUCCUUGGAAGGAUACAUGACAGGGAAGAAGCAGCAGUUAAGCGUGAAAGAGCCAUGGCAUAUGCCUUUUCCCAUCAGUGGAGGGCCAACUCUAGUCAGAGCCAAUUGCUAGGUAAUUAUGAACUUAGCAAAGCUAAUUGGGGUUGGAGUUGGAAGGAACGCUGGAUUGCUGCUCGUCCAUGGGAAAGCCGUGUCCCUAGCUUAUCCAUCACCCCGAAGAAAUCUCAACACAAGCAGCCAAGCCCGAGCAAAGUUCAGAAGGAUAAGAACACAUCAACACCUAAAACUCCCGUCUCGGUUAAACCUCCUUCAGCCAACGCAAAAGGCACUUCAAAAGCUAGGAGAUUGUCUUAUCCAACAACUGAGAAAACUGUGGUUCAAGGAGUGCAAUGAGUUCUCUGGAUGGGUUGUUAAGAUAAAUCACAAUUUUUAAGUAUCAAGCCUUUUUGAUAACUUGAAAUUUUCAAUUGGUUACAGUCCAUAAAAAGCCAACUUAUUUAUUUAUUGAUUGCUUCCAAUUUGUGCAUAUGAGCGUGACUGAAAUUCAAACCACUGCAGAGAAUGUGUUAACAGACCUGCUUGUGGGUGCGAUUUGUUGAUUGCUUCUGUUUAUUAUCUUUUUCAAUCUUGUAUAUUCAAAUUCAAGAGAGAUUGUAGAUAGAACAAUAUAUCUAUUUUUUUCCUUCUCUGUUGUAAUAGAAAAUUUCCAAUAUGUGAUCAAGUUGUUGACUUCGUCAUGGUUUAUUAUUACCAUAUUGAGAUGACUUGUGCAA